AUGGCGGAAGAACAGGGUGCCGACACUGCUGAUAGUAGCUUGGAAACUAAUUAUGCAGAGAAAUCGGAGGAUGUAUUCAUAAAUGGUGAUACUGAGAGUGAAGAAGGUGCAAAAGUGAUAGAAUAUGAAACACAAGUUUCACAGGAAGAGACAAAUGUCUCUGGGCAAGUCAUGCCGAGGAAAAGUAGUUUUAUGAACAGGGAUGGAAGUAGAAAACCAAUACGAAAGAAGACUGUAUCUUUUAGCAGUAUGCCAACCGAGAGAAAAAUAGCAACAGCUCAAGACUGCCUGUCAUUUAUGCAGAAGGGAAGUGAAUUGGUAAAAGUGCGUUCCAAUAGCCGACAGUAUCAUCGUACAUUUAUGUUGAAUCCAGAUAUGACAGAAAUACGAUGGUAUCCAACCUCUAAAAAGGCUCACAAGGCUAGAAUACCAAUACAGAUUAUCAAGGAGGUGAGGGUUGGUAAGAAUACAGAGGCAUUGAAGAACCGAGAGAUCGCUGGGAUUUACCAGGAUGAAUGUGCAUUCUCUGUGAUCUACGGAGACGAGUUUGAGUCCAUGGACUUAAUCGCCAACACAGCGGAUGAGGCUAAUAUCUGGGUUACGGGACUGACCUGUCUUCUCACAACUAGCAGUAAAACAGUCACAUCGACUCCUGAAGCCAUUGAAGAAAUGCAGCAGAUGAGGGAUGCAUAUCCUUUUUGGCCCAACAUCUAGAUGUUCCAGGACCAGACCAGUGAUCCAGCUGGACUGUUGGAGGAGGGAGAAGUGGUCAAUCUCAUCAGCAAGCUCAACAGUAAUAUUUCUCCCGCCCGUAUACACCAAAAACUAAAGGAAUUUGAACUGAAGAAGACAGAUGGUACCAUAGAGGGUUGGACAAGUCCUCGGGGGAGGAUACACAGUGAUGAGUUUGUAACCUUAUUUAAGGAAUUAUCCACUCGGCCGGAGAUCUACUUUCUAUUGGUGCGAUAUGCAAGUAAUGCAGACUACCUCUCUACAGAUGAUUUGUUACUAUUUUUAGAAGCGGAGCAAGGGAUGCAGAAAGUAACUAAAGAAAAGUGUUUGGAAAUUAUUAAUAAAUUUGAACCUUCCAAAGAUGGCAAAUUGAAAGGACAUCUUGGUAUUGAUGGUUUUACAGACUACCUUCUAUCAGGAGAAUGUGAUAUAUUUGAUAUGGAACAACAAUCUGUAUGUCAAGAUAUGACACAACCACUAAGUCACUACUUUAUAGCCAGCUCACAUAAUACGUAUUUAAUGAAGGACCAGUUACAAGGCCCUUCCAGUGUAGAGGCGUACAUUAGGGCUCUCAAUAAGGGAUGUCGGUGUGUUGAUUUGGACUGUUGGGAUGGACCUAAUGGGGAACCAAUCAUCAAACAUGGCAGAACACUGACCACGAAAAUCACAUUUGUGUCUGUCAUAGAAACCAUCAACAAGCAUUUAUUUGAUAUAUCAGACUACCCCCUGAUAUUAUCUAUAGAAAACCACUGUAGUAUAAAACAACAGAAAAUCAUGGUUGAGUGUAUGCAGGCUACGUUUGGAGAUAAACUUGUCCUCUUACCAUUAAACCAUGAAGUACAAGAUCUACCAUCACCAGAGAAUCUCCGUGGAAAAGUUGUCAUUAAGAGUAAGAAGCUGCAACUGGACUGUACUUUGGAGGAAGACUAUGUGACAGACGAGGACGAAUCAUCAGAAGUGGAGAAGAAGAAAAACAACAAGGCCAAAGAUAGUCCAGCCAACAAACAGAUUAAACUGGGGAAGGAUUUGUCUGAUCUAGUCACUUACUGUGUGUCUGUGAGGUUCCAAGACUUCCGAGUCUCUCAAGUAAAUCAAAAGUACUGGGAGAUGUGUUCCUUCAGUGAGUCAGUAGCUAUGAAACUAGCCAUGACUUGUCCGGAGGAGUUUGUAAACCAUAACAAGCGAUUCCUCAGUCGUGUGUACCCCAACAGUCUGAGGGUGGACUCAAGUAACUAUAAUCCCCGUGACCUCUGGAACUGCGGCUGUCAGAUGGUGGCCUUGAACUACCAGACCCCUGGCCUGAUGAUGGACCUGUACAAUGGCUGGUUCCUCAAGAACGGCAACUGUGGCUAUAUACUCAAACCGUCCAUUAUGAGGGAAGAGAUUGCUUACUUCAGCGCUAACACCAAGGAAGUCAUUCCAGGGGUUUCCCCACAAAUUCUUCACAUAAAGGUGAUAAGUGGUCAGCAUUUCCCCAAGCCAAAAGGGUCAGGGUCACGAGGUGAUGUCACUGACCCCUACGUUACCAUAGAGAUAUCUGGGAUACCUGCCGACUGUUCAGAGGAAAGGACCAAGACUGUGCCUCACAAUGGUUACUGUCCAAUAUUUGAUGAGAGCUUUGAGUUCCAGAUAAAUCUACCAGAGCUGGCUCUCGUGAGAUUCGCUGUUUUAGAUGAUGAAUUUAUAGGAGAUGAAUUUAUAGCUCAGUACACUGUACCUUUUGAAUGUAUGCAAACAGGAUAUCGUCACAUCAACCUUCUGUCCAACACUGGAGACCCAAUAGAAAACUGUACACUGUUUGUACAUGUAGCGAUAACCAAUAAACGAGGAGGAGGGAAAGCUCACAAGAGAGGCAUGUCUGUGAAGAAAGCCAAACGCAAAAAAGACUACACUACACCAAAAGCUGUCGGAGUAAAAUGUAUUGAUGAAACAUUUAAGACAUCAAUCGCGCCGCUGAAAGAGUGUACGGACCUGCGAGAGGAUGUACAGGUGGCCCUGUCAGAAUUUAAGGAGGCAUGUGGCCUUGGUCCAAUCGCCAACAUUAAACAGUGUAUACGUCUACUGGCCACGCGUGUGUCCAACGCCACGGAGCAGUCCUCACUCUCAGUCGUUAUCAAAGGGGAGUACCCGUCAUUAGAAGCUCAAGGAAACCUUCCAGAUGUGCUGAAAAAAGCUCUACAAUCCUUUGCUGAAUUGGUGACGGAAUGUAAAAAUUUGAUGGAUUCCGCAGAUACUGUUCAUGAUCGAUUACUUCAAUGUCAGAAGGCUGGCUUAGAAUGGCAUGAGGACUUGGAGAACAUCUGUAGUCAGGCAGGGCUGAAAGGCAAGAAGAUGUCAAAGGCUACAGAAAAUUUUGCUUGGAAUGUUCGUGUACUGAAGGGCCAGGCUACAUUGAUGCUACAGGCAAAGAAGGAAUGUCAAGAUUAUUUACGACAGAUGAAGGAGGCCGCCAGUUCUUCAGGAUUAGUAAAGGAUGAAAAACAAAAUGGUGUGGAGGAAUCUUAGCAGAUCCUGUACUGGAUACUGAGUGCUUCCCUGGCUGGUCCCCUAUAAUAGACAUCUACCUGGCUGGUCCCCUAUACAAGACAUCUACCUGGCUGGUCCCCUAUAAUA